AUGGGUAUCGAGAGCAUGAGCCCCACGGCGGCGGCGGCGGCGGCGGCGGAGGACUCCUCCUCGCGCUUCUCCGCCGCGUCCACGGCCACCACUGAGUCCGGCGCCGCGCAGCCGCCGCCGGCUGCUUCUGCAGCACCGGUCGGCGGCGCGGUCGUCGGCCGAGACGACGACGCCUCGCCGGCGGACGAGCAGGCCGUCACGUCGCAGCCGUCGGCGGCGGCCGCCGUGGCGCAGGGCUCUUCGCGGUUCAAGGGCGUCGUGCCGCAGCCCAACGGGCGGUGGGGCGCGCAGAUCUACGAGCGCCACGCCCGGGUGUGGCUCGGCACGUUCGCCGACGAGGAGGCCGCGGCGCGCGCCUACGACGUGGCCGCGCUCCGCUACCGCGGCCGCGAGGCGGCGACCAACUUCCCAGGCGCCGGGGCGUCGGCGCCCGAGCUCGCCUUCCUGGCGGCCCACUCCAAGGCGGAGAUCGUCGACAUGCUGCGGAAGCACACCUACGCGGACGAGCUGCGCCAGGGCCUGCGGCGCGGCCGCGGCAUGGGCGCCCGCGCGCAGCCCACGCCGGCCUGGGCGCGCUCGCUGCUGUUCGAGAAGGCCGUGACGCCCAGCGACGUCGGCAAGCUCAACCGCCUCGUGGUCCCCAAGCAGCACGCCGAGAAGCACUUCCCGCUGAAGCGCGCGCCGGACGCGGCGGCGGCGGCCACCGGCAAGGGCGUGCUCCUCAACUUCGAGGACGGCGAGGGCAAGGUGUGGCGGUUCCGGUACUCGUACUGGAACAGCAGCCAGAGCUACGUGCUCACCAAGGGCUGGAGCCGCUUCGUCAGGGAGAAGGGCCUCCGAGCCGGGGACACCAUCGUCUUCUCCCACUCCACGUACAGCUCGGAGAAGCAGCUCUUCAUCGACUGCAAGAAGACCAAGACGACGACGGCCGCCACCACCGACGGGGCGCCGGUGCCGGUGCUGGCACCAGCGGAGAAGAAACCAAGUACUGAAGCCCGUGUAGUGAGGCUGUUCGGCGUCGACAUCGCCGGAGACGGGUGCCAGAAGCGCGCACGGCCGGUGGAGAUUGCGUUCGAUCAUGGGCCGCAGGAGUUGUUGAUGAAGAAGCAAUGCAUCGCUCAUCACCGCUCGCCUGCCCUAGGUGCCUUCUUGUUAUAG